GCUGUGCUGGCCGCAGCACUGUGACACCACUGUGACAUCACCGCGCUGUCGCUGGGUGAGACAGGCCAGCGCCGGCAGCUGCCAGUGCAGUCGCGAUGGGACGUGCUGGAGCCAUGGGUGACGGUGACGUCCUGGUGACUGCGCUUGUCCUGCUGCUGGCCGCCGUGGCUGUCUGGUGGGCCUUUGGCCACCGGCAACCGCGGAGCCGGAGCACACGGACAGCGAAGAGGAGCAAGCGCCCCGGGGCCCGGCCCAGAGGCUCAUGGAGGAAGCGAGGAGCCCCUGCGGCUCCCAGGUUCCCCAGGCCUCGGGCUGCUCCUGGCGAGCAGCCACGUGCUCCCGCCAGCCCCCUGGGCAGCCCCUGCGGCUGCGGCCCCUGCCUGGCAGUGGCCCGGGAGCUGCAGGAACUGAUGCUGCAGCUCUGGGAUGGCAACGGGACACGUGCGCCCCUCUACUCUGGGAUGUGGCAGGCCUUGUGGAAAGAACUGAAGGAGCUGCUGGAGCGAGGCCACCUGCCCUGCUGUGCCUCGGCCAGCUCCUCCACAAGCCUCCAUCCCUUCCAGAGGCUGCUCCCAGCGAGAUUCUCCAUCCCUGGGAGAGCCUCAAGGCCUGCAAGGAUGGCACAGCAGGGGGGAGCCACCACCAUCCAUGCAGGAACCUCAGGCUGUCAGAGACCCUGCACCCUGCCAGCAGCCUCUGCUAUCUCUGACAGCCUCCAUCCCUCGCAGAGGCUCAGUGAGACCUGUCAGCCUGCGGAAGGAGCAGAGCCCGUGGACAGGUCUCCCAGCUCCCUUGGACUCACGGACUUCAACAACAUGGGCGCAAUCCUGACCCUUGACAUGGCAGGGGAAAGCCCACAAGUCCAAAUGGGAGCCCAGCCCGAUGCAGGGGAGCCUGCUCAGGAGCAGCUGGCGGGGCAGCAAGUGUCCUGGAGCCAGCUGUGGUCAUCCCACAGCGGCCAGGACAGCCAGGACGCUGUGCCGGUUCUGCCAGCUGGCAACAGCCCGAGCCUGGUGGUGGAGACGAGCCUUCAGAGGUUCCUCCAUCUGCAGGAAGCUGCCCCGAGACAGCCCUCGAGUGCCGCGAAGGGCUUUCUAGUAGCAGCCGCUCCUGGGUCUCCCCCGUGCCAAGCCUCGGGCUGCAGCCCCGGCCGUCGGCAGGAGCAGAGCCCAGCCCACGACGCCGGGGACAGCGCCGGUGCCGCCCUGCCCCGCUGGCCCGGGGCUGCCGCAGCCGCCUGUGCGCGCUGCCCCGGCCCGGCUCUGCCGCUCGCCAGCCCGGCGGCUGCAGGGCGGUGGCCGCUGCCCGGCGCGCAGCAGGAAGCGGGGCAAAGGAGGCAGCGGCAGGAGCGGUACCUGCUGGGCCCGCAGCUGGGCAGCGGCGGCUUCAGCACCGUCUUCUCGGGCAUCCGCCUCUCGGACGGCAGCCCGGUGGCCAUCAAACGCGUGGCCCGGGAGAGCGUCCUGCAGUGGGACGAGCUGCCCGACGGCACCCGCGUGCCCUUGGAGGUGGUGCUGAUGGAGAAGGUGGGCUCUGGCUGCCAGAACAUCAUCCAGCUGCUCGACUGGUUUGAGCUGCCGGAUAGCUUCAUCCUGGUGCUGGAGCGUCCGGGGGCAUCACGGGAUCUCCUGGAGUUCCUGCAGGAGCAGGACCAGGGGUUCCUGUGCGAGGAGCAGGCGCGCUGGCUUUUCUGCCAGGUGCUGGAGGCCGUGCGGCACUGCACCGCCUGCGGCGUCCUGCACCGGGACAUCAAGCCGGAGAACCUCCUCGUGGACCCGGAGAGCGGCGACCUGAAGCUCAUCGACUUCGGUUGCGGCACCUUCCUCCAGGAGCGGGCCUUCACGGACUUUGCCGGAACGCGCGUGUACAGCCCGCCCGAGUGGACCUGGCUGGGUUGCUACCACGGCCACGCGGCGACCACCUGGUCCCUGGGCGUGCUGCUGUACGUCAUGGUCUGCGGCAGCCUCCCCUUCCAGGACGACCAAGCCAUCGUGCUGGGGAAGCUCUUCUUCCGGCGGCAGCUCUCUCCAGAGCUCCAGCACCUGAUCCGAUGGUGUUUGGCCAAGCACCCUGCGGACAGGCCGGAGCUGGAGGAGAUCUCGCGCCACCAUUGGGUGUGGGGCCGGCGUUUUUGAUGCCUUGCCGGAGCCUCUGCAGCACCCACUUACCGAGUCCCACGCAGGACUGAGGACCUGAGAAAUAAACAACAAACCCAUUUUGGUGUGUCAAGGCUGGUCCUUGUCAGCAACUUCAGCUAAAGAAACGUCUUGGGAAAAGGGGGAAUCAGAGUGCUGCCUUCAGCCUUUGGCAAGCUUUCCAUGCCUGUCCUCCAGAGUGGUACUUUAUAUCUUCAAGCUCAGGCCGUAGUGCGGGUCGGAGGGGCUUUGUCGAGCCAAGAAAUGCAGCAGUGAAACAACAGCUGCCCUUUCAAAGUGGCAGGGCUUCUUGGUGUCUCUUGAAGUGACACACAGGUCCAUUGUGCAUUCCAAGGGUCCGUGGCUUUCAGGGACAGAGACCUUCCUCUCUUACCAGAGCUCUGAGGAGAGCCGUAAGCUACAAAAUAUCAUUUCAGGUUGAGCCCUGCUGAACUCUUUUUCUUUCUUCCUAUGAAAUGGGAGGCAGAGCUGGGCACUUGAGCAGCUUGGUCUGCACCAUCCUAAGUCAUGUGCAUGGAGCCCACAGGAAAUGUUGAGAUACCGGAGUCAUUCCCAUGGUGCUGGUCUCAUUUUACCCCCCAAAAGUAUCUUCUGCUGCCUUAAAAACAACCAAUGGUAAUGGAAAGUGCAGUAACCAGUCACAGGAAAGCACCCAGCUGCCUGCCUGUGGGCAGGUGCCAUCUACUAAACCUGUGCCACCUUCUGCCUACUGCUCUGACCUCCCAAAACAGGGUUUGGGAAAUAAAUGUGGGUUUUUUUUUUUUUUCAGAAAUGUGCCUGAUCUUUCAGUUUUCUUCCCUUUUAUGCAGGCUGCUGAAGCUCUUGUGCCCUGAAUGGCUCUCCCAGUCCCUACCUGAAGACCUGACCUGAGCCGUGAUCCUUCCAGCCAGUACCCCACUGUGAUGUGAUGGUGAGAGUGUGUCAGCCAUGGUCUGCAGCCUGAGCUGGGAGUGGUAAUUAUCCCUUUUCCAAUGACCUGUGAGUGGUGACUGCCAAUUGUCCAAGGGCCAGGACACAUUUCCUCCAGGAGCUGGAGGUCCCUGUGUCCCCACAGCCCCGGGAUGUUGGUGACCGCAGGCCCAGAGCCAUUGAGUCCUCUGUACAAGGACUAAUUGCAAGCUGUAACGUGAAAUUUUUAUUAUGAGUCAUUUGCUCCUUUAGCUAUGUUAUCUUUAGAAUAAUGUUUUUCUAUUUUAUUGUGUUAUUAUAUUGUGGUAUUGCCUUAUUGUGUUGUUGUUACACAGAUAUUACAUUUCCAAAGGUGCGGUAGUGGAUCAGCUGGGUGGGGAUUUGAAUUCUACACCCCUGCACUGGGCCAUCAGGUAGUGCUGCUUGCAACCCCUAACUGCAAAUCUGUAGGUCUCAGAUUCAGUCAAAGAGAGAAACGGAGAGUUUCUAGCCAGGCAGAAGCCUAGGAAAGAGUUGGAGAAGAAUGUAAAUAAUUCUUUAUCGCUC